UUUUGUAUUUAAUUGAGAAAACAUGUAUCAUGUCAGCUUCAUGCUUAUUCCAUAAGCUGUUUCCAUGGUGUCUCUCUUCUCCACUACUUGCUAUAUACUGUCUUUGCUUCUCUCCAGCGAAUUUCCAGCUCCCAUGAUCAAGGGAAGGUUUCAUCUAAUUUCUUUCCAAAAAUUUAAAAAAGUGUCUCAGUUUCCAAUUUUCAGCUCAAACUUGUGCAGCUUUUCCUCUUUGGUUUGGUGGGUUCCCCAUUGACUAUGGCAACUGAAGGUGCAAACUUUUCCAAGGAUAAUAAUAACCAAGGCGCUGGCACCAUUGAAGAUAAAGUUGAUAUCCAAAUUCAGAAGGAUCUAGUGUCACCUGAAAUAACUGAGGAACUCACAAGUGGACAAUAUGAGACAAGGCCUAACAUUAUAUUGGAGAUACCUACAAUAACUCAAGAGGAAGCAAGAGAAGAUUAUUUGAGAAUAGACAUACCUCCAACUCCAUCUCCAAGAAGAGUGAUAUUUCCCCCUUGUCUAAGUCCUGGUUUUUCCAGAGCCAAUGAAUCUCCUGGUCCUUCCUCAUCGAAAAGUAGAUCAACAAUUAAAACCUUUCUUCCCAAACUCAGCUUUAAAUUUCUCAACACAAGUUCAGAUAUUGAAAAAGCUGCAUUCCUAGCACUUGAAGGUUCUGCACCAAAAAAACCUUUUCUUUCAAGGACAUUAUCUCGUACCAAAACUACCACGUCGUCCUUACCUGCAACACCAAUUGCUCAUUCACAUCCAGGGUCUUUACAUGGAGGCAACAUGGCUUAUCUAGCAACAACUGUUGAGAAAGGAGUGCAAUUACCAAUUCAUCGUUCCCGGUCAGUUCCUUCAUUUACAGAAGAAGGUAAUACCACACCUGUAGGCGCAAAGUUUCGUGUAAUUCCGACCACGCCACGAAUCGAUGAGAAAAUUGCCACAACAACAUCUACCAAAUCUCCAACUGAUGAUGCUGUUGAAAAUGAGGAUGGCGGUGAAGAUAUUCCUGAAGAAGAAGCUGUUUGUAGAAUUUGUAUGGUUGAACUGGGAGAAGGUGCUAAUACUUUUAAAUUGGAGUGCAGCUGCAAAGGUGAGCUUUCACUGGCACACCAAGAAUGUGCAGUUAAAUGGUUUAGGAUUAAAGGUAACAGAACAUGUGAUGUUUGCAAGCAAGAAGUUAAGAACCUACCCGUCACUCUUUUACGAGUUCAAACUGUUCUAGGGAGCAGAGGUCAGCUAGCAGAGACUUCUCAAUACAGGGUUUUGCAGGAUGCCCCCAUUCUUGUCAUUGUCAACAUGCUGGCUUACUUUUGUUUUCUUGAGCAGCUUCUUGUUUCAAAGAUGGGAUCUAGUGCUAUUGCUAUGUCUCUCCCAUUUUCUUGUAUACUUGGUCUUCUUGCGAGCAUGACCGCUACAACAAUGGUGAGGAGAAAACAUGUUUGGUUUUAUGCAACUGCUCAGUUUGGUCUGGUGGCUCUGGCUGCACAUCUUUUCUAUUCAUUGGCUCAUAUGCAGGCUGUUAUAGCUAUCCUACUAGCUACAUUUUCUGGGUUUGGAGCUGUUAUGUUUGGAGCUUCUGUUCUUAUGGAGAUUUUGAAGUGGAGGGAAAGAUGGCUUGCUGCCCAGUUGAAUCGACAGAGCGGUUUGCAAGAGGCUGUGGUACCGCCCGAGCAAUCAUCUGCAGCCACUCAUCAAGCUCAGGCUGAUCCUCAACAUACUGAAAGUAAUAGAGGAGUCACCCCUGCCCAAAUGAGCUAAUAGAACACUUAUUCAAGAUUUUGCUUGAAAACUGUCCUCAUAAACUUUUCUCUAGCUGUAGAUAUAAGUAUAUAUUGUAUAUAGUCAAGUUUGAGCACAUUGAGCAUUUGUGAGUUGACAUUAAUCGUUUAACCCCUCGAACAUGAGACCUAUGCUUAAGUUAGACCUCAUGCAGUCAAUGGUGGAAACAAAAACAAAUUCACAAUGUAGUCAAGUUUAACAUCUGUAGAUGGUAAGGAAUCUUGUAGUGUGAAAUUUCUUUGCAACGGAUCUAGUCGAAGGCCUCCAUGCAUUUCCAUAAAGUUGGGACAGAGUUAGACGCUUAUAGUGGUUCUAAACAUGGAAAAGAAGGGUUUCUCAUCUAGACAUCAUCCUGCAUUCUUAUUCUAGAUAUCUAGUAACUAGUUCCUUCUCGAUCUUAGCUAAAUGGUUGUCUCAGGCCAUCCUACGAGACAAAAAAGAUGUUGAAGUUAGAAUCAAAAGUGGAGGCUUGGAAGCAUCCUGAUCUGAAUGUGUUUUUUUCUUUUCCUGGUAUGUGAUGUUGAAGUUGAUUAGAGUAAGCGAGCUUGAAUUUUUUCGAGUAUUUGCGGUGCUGAGAUGUAUUGCUCUUAGUUAAGGUUUGAUUACCAUUUGCUUUGUAUGUACUAUUUGGUUUGGCUUGAUGCCUUAACCCAAUCUCUCUUGACAAAGAGAAGUAUCUUUUUAGUUUUUAUGUCAGACAAAAUUGAUCUUUUUUCCAUUUCUAAGGACUCACUCCUUGGACACAUGAAGAGAAUUCUGAGUCAGAGACUACUGUUUUGAUUUA